AUGCCCCCCAAACGUGUCGCGAUAGUCACCAGCAGCACGCGCAGCCCGCGUCUCAACCCCACAAUAACGCAAUCCACGCCAUAUAACAUUCGAAAUCAUCGACCUAGCAAAACAAUCCCUACCCCUCUACGACGAGUCUGUCAUCCCCGCCAGCCUACCCCCGCAGACCCCACCCCGCACUACAGCAAAGCGCACACGCGGGCGUGGUCCGCUGUAGUGCGACAGUACGAUGCGUUUAUCUUCGUUACACCGCAGUAUAACUGGAGUAUCCCUGCGAGUCUGAAGAACGCGCUUGAUUAUCUCUACUUCGAGUGGAAGGGGAAGCCGGCGGGGAUUGUUUCGUAUGGUGGGAGGGGUGGUGGGAAAGCGGCGGAUCAUCUGCGUGGUAUUUUGACGGGAUUGCGUAUGAGGGUUGUUGGUACUGCGCCUGGUUUGCCGGUCAAGUUUACUGGGUUGCCUGUUGGGGCGUUGUCGGAGGAGGAAGAGAAGGUGCAGUUGGAUGAGAGGGAUCUUGCUGGGUGGAAGGAAGCUGGGGUUGAAGGGAUGAUGCAGAAUUUGGGAAUGGAAUUGGUUUGUGAAUUGGAUAAGGAGUGA